AUGUCCGACGCCUUAAUCCAGAGAAUAAAGGACCUGGAGAAGGAACUGGAGAACCUGAAGUCCCAGUUGAAUGAAAGCCACAUGGAGAAUAGCCCAUCUCCCAAUGAUGAGAAAAUGAAUUGUAAAAAAGGGAAGAAAGCAGCCAAACAGCGUCCGUUUGACUUCUCUGCCCACCCUCACCGCCACGUCGCCCUCCGUCUCGCCUACCUGGGAUGGGCCUACCAGGGCUUUGCUGUCCAGGAGAACACGGACAACACAGUGGAAGCAAGGCUCUUCGAAGCCCUCCUGAAGACACGCCUUAUCCAGGACCGCCAGAGCUCCAACUAUCACCGGUGUGGACGCACAGACAAAGGUGUCAGUGCCUUCUCACAGGUGAUAACAAUCGACUUGCGCUCCACACAGUAUUCCGGAUUAGGUGUCACGCUACCUGAAAUUGGAAAAAAAGAAGCCACUUCUGCCUCAGAGAUUCCCUAUGUGAAAAUUCUGAACAGAGUCCUCCCACAUGACAUUCGAAUUUUAGACUGGGCCCCUACCGCCGAGGGCUUCAGCGCCCGUUUCGAUUGCCAGUCCCGUACGUAUCGAUACUACUUCCCGCGAGGCUCCUUGGACGUGGCGUCUAUGGCUGACGCGGCGAAAAGGUACGAAGGGACACAUGAUUUCCGUAACCUGUGCAAGAUGGACGUGGGCAACGGCGUCCUGCAGUUUGAGAGAACCAUCCUGUCAGCAACAGUCAAGCCGACAGACCCCAAACAAACUACUGGAACAACCGACCCGCAUGACAUUUUUGUGUUUGAGAUUCAAGGACUCGCAUUCCUUUACCACCAGGUCCGCUGCAUGAUGGCUGUGUUGCUUCUGAUUGGACAGAAGCUGGAAGCACCAGAAGUCAUCAACAGCCUUCUUGAUGUUCACAAUAACCCUAGAAAGCCGCAAUAUAGCAUGGCGGUGGACUACCCGCUGGUGCUGUACGACUGCCACUUUGACAAGCUGAACUGGGAACAAGACGCUGAGGAGCUGAAUUUCGCACUUAACACUCUGCAGCAACACUGGACGCAGAGCGCAGUCAAAGCCAACAUCCUCGGGGACAUGAUUCGAGGUUUGGAGGCCACAGGCGGAGUGUCGUCUGCAGUGUGCUUGCUAGUGGAAGGCAGCCGCCAGAAGAAAUACCGGCCUUUGCUGGAGCGACCGCUCUGCGAAAGCCUCGAGUCACGCAUCGAGCAUUUUGUCAAGAGAGGCCGUCUCGAACGUGAAGAGGCAGAAGAUGGCGGAGAAACUCUCCAUAAAGGGAAGCGGUCCAAACAUUUGCACAAUUCCACAAGUUUGCUUGUUGUCAAUGACUUGUCCAAGUCCUGA